AUGGCAUCUGCACUUUAUCACGUCGGCGCUCUUUUGCGCAACAAACCAUUCAUUGCCUUGCUAGCACUAGCCACCCAUCACAUUCUUCACAUCGCCGAAUGGGACAACUCGUUCCAUCUAAUCCUACGUACAUGGGCUCUCGCUUUCGGAGCAGUGGCAGCUGCCGAAUAUGCGACCAUACCACGUCCUGGAACUCUAUUCAGUGCAAUCCAAACCACGGCAACGGUGGCCUCAGUGUACUUCACCGUGCUGAUGGCCAGCAUCUUGGUACAUCGCGGGUUCUUCCACCGUCUUAGAAAGUUCCCUGGGCCUUUUCUGGCGCGAUUCUCCAAACUAUAUGGCAUAUUUGCCGGUGUUCUCCCGACCAAUUUUCGCUACUUCAAAUGGCAGCAAGAAAUGUAUCAAAAGUAUGGAGCGGAUGUGAUCAGGACCGGUCCACGAGAAGUUACUGUGUAUUGCGCCGAAGCCAUUUCUCUGAUCCAUGGACCAACGUCUAAAUGUAAAAAGGCUUCUGUGUAUGAAGCCUUUGGUGAUAUCACUGGGGUAUCGCUCAAUAUAACCACAGACAAGGCGGAUCAUCGACAACGCCGCAAGAUAUGGGAUCGUGCCUUCAACGCAAAGACUCUGCGCGAAUACGAGCCUCGUCUCAACCGACAUGCGCUUGCUCUUAUGUCGAAACUCAAAGAGGAGUCGAUGCAGGGCUCGGUGCGCAUUACCAACUGGGUCAACUUUUACAGCUUUGAUGUUAUGGGAGACAUAGGGUUUAACCGCAGCUUCGGAAUGAUGGACAAGGGCAAAGAAGAUGAUAUCAUCAAACUCUUGCAUGAAAGCAUGUCGGUGCUAAGUGUCUUCUCACACAUUAGUUGGGCCUUGAAUCUUGUGGGGCGAACAAGCGCCGGUGCAAAGCCACUUCUUGAGCAUACCGACUGGAGUGCCAAGGUUCUACGAGAACGAAUCAAAGUACGCCCUGAGAACGGUUUCCAAGAGGAUACGCCAAAAGAAAAUGAUGUAUUCUCGUGGCUAUUGGACGAAGAUAGCCGGAUUACACCUGACAUGAUCGCUGAUUCGAGGCUUUUAAUAGUAGCUGGCAGUGACACUCUGGCAGCAACACUGUCGUUUCUAGUGUACGAGCUCUGCGUCAAUCCCGCCAUUCAGGCAAGACUUCGAGAUGAGAUAGACGCCAUCCACCCGGAGAAAACCCACCUUGAAGUGAGUGAUGUCGCAGACUGCGAGUUCCUCGACGGCGUUAUUCAUGAGACUUUGCGACUGCACCCUGCAGUUCCUUCUGGUCCUGUGCGCGAAUCACCUCCCGAGGGUCUUACACUCCCCAAUGGAACCUACAUACCCGGCAACAUUCUGCUAUGGACACCGAUAUACAGCCUGCAACGUGAUCCGCGGUACUGGGAAAAACCCCUCUCAUUCAUGCCGGAACGCUGGACUACCGAGAAUCCCAACGCCAUCAUUGACAAGCGCACGUUUCUCACCUUCCUUACAGGAGCAUACAACUGCAUAGGCCAGAAACUGGCAAUCAUGCAGAUGCGUAGUGUUGUUGCGAAUCUAGUCCGCUCGUUUGAAAUUACCUUUGCUGAGGGUGAGGAUGGAAGCACCAUUGACAACAAGAGUCGGGACUGCUUUACUAUGACGGUUGGGAAGUUGGAUGUUAAGCUUAGUCCACGCUGCGUAGAAUAA